GACUAAUCGCCUUUUGGUUAAUUUUGUUACAGAAAAUCCAAAACUAGACUUAUUACAUUUAUUGAUAACUGCCUUCAUUUAAUAUACUUGGGCAUAUAACAAUUUAAAACUCAAUUUCGAUCAUCUGACUAAGCCAAAAAUGUCCGUUGAACUAGUUGUUACGGGUAUACCCGGCGAUGUGACUUUUCCGAGGGUCUUAGGCAAUAUGAGGGACUUGUUAAAACGAAUUCAUAUAAAGGCGUUCUGGAUACUGGAUAUCGCUGAUGGUGAAGGUUAUAUGAAGCAGAUAACGAUCAAGUUUAACAACAAUUCCGACGCGCGUAAAGCUCGCAAUUAUUUGGACAACAUGGCGUUUAAGUUUAACAGGCUGGAGUAUCCUAUGCGGGCGUAUAUACCUGAUGUUCAGCAGGAGCCUAUGAACCAUUUUGUGGAUGAGGAUGAGUAUGAGGAUUGGGGGCGCAAGCGAAGGCCGAAUAAGCGCGCGAGGGUGCGAUCUCGCAGCCCGGUGUACAGGGAUGAGGCGACUAAAUUGGAUUUGGAGAUUCAGUUACUGAGGAAGCAGAGGCAGGUGAUAGAAGAAGAAAGAAGAUUACUUAUGGAGCAAAAGAAAUUGGAGAUGAUCAAGGAGUACGGGCCGAGCGUCUCGCGAGAGUUCGAAAGUUUCAAAGAUUACGAACCACCUCGCAAGAGACGUCAGCCUGAGCCUGUACCAAAGAGGCCUCAGCAGGAGGCCCCGAGGGCCCCAAGAAUCCCCAAGGCCUCCGGAACCCAACCCCGCUUGCCCCUAUUCUUCCAACCGUGCAAAAAGCUUCUGAGUCAAAUGAGACCGCACAUCGACAAAGAUGCUACACCGGAAGAAGUGGAUAUACUGGUUAAGCUAAUAAGAGCUGCUAUAAGGAAGGAUUUGGCUAUAGCUUUGGAGGGUAAAGACUAUAUGAAGCAUGUAGCGAUUGUAGACUUGUACAGAGAAAGACAUCCGCCAGAGCAAGAUGCAGCUUUUGUCGCUAAAAUUUUGGCGAAUAUAAGAGCUAGUUUUAUGACUCCUGAAGUGAAAGUUAAAGAGGAAAAGGCUGAAGAUGUCCCAAAAGACACUGAAAAUCAAAAUGACCAAAAGGGGGAAGGUGAUAAAGCUGCAAAUGAUGACCAAAAAGGGGAAGGUGAUCAAAUCGCUAAUGAUGACCAAAAGGGGGAAGUUGAAAAGACACCGGGGGAUAAUCCGGAAAAUGGAGAAAAAGAAACAGAUGACGCCACUGGUGCCAUAGCGGAACCAGCUCAGAAUCCUGUGUCUGAAGUGAGCCAGACUAAUGCGGAAGAGAAGAAUACAGGUUUUGUAGCGGCUGAUAAUAGCGUGUUGGAUGAGAUGACGAAGGUGAAGGAAGAGGAACUAUUGGCUGAUGAUGCGAAUUCUGCUGACUGGGUUGCAGAACAGUAAACUGCUAGAGAGCAAUACUAUUACUUUAUAGCCAGUAAGAUAUAUAUUAUGUAUCAUUUAAGAAAUAAAGAGUGAGUUAUA